AUGGAGUACAUGAACAGGCUCUUGGUGAAAAUGCAAAAAGAUCCAAAUUUUAACUACCAUACCAAAUGCGAGAAGCUGCAAAUCACAAAUCUCACUUUUGCAGAUGAUGUGUUGCUGUUUUGUAGAGGUGAUGAAAUAUCUCUGCAAACGAUGUUAAAUACUUUCAAAAAGUUCUCCAAUUCCACAGGUCUGAUAUUGAAUCCUAACAAGUGCAAAAUCUAUUUUGGGGGAUUGGAUAGUGAAAGGAGAAAGACUUUGAAAGAUCUGUCAGGCUUCCAUGAAGGAUCACUUCCGUUCAAAUAUCUAGGGGUCCCUUUAUCUAGCAGGAAACUAAACAUUAACCAUUUUAUGCCUUUGGUGGAUAAAAUUGUGGCUCGAAUCCAUCAUUGGUCCUCUAGACUCCUUAGUUACGCAGGUAGAAUUCAGUUCGUGAAAAGCGUAACUGCUGCAAUGGUCCAAUAUUGGAUGCAAUGCCUCCCUCUGCCUAAAGUUGUGAUCAGGAAAAUAGACUCUAUCUGCCGUAGCUUCAUCUGGACCGGUAAGAAUACAAUUAGCAGAAAAUGCCCCGUGGCUUGGAAUCGCACCUGCUGCCCUACUGCUCAGGGUGGUUUGAAUCUGCUGAAUCUUCAGGUAUGGAACAAUGUGCUGCUCCUGAAAUGUCUUUGGAAUCUAUGCAACAAAACUGAUAAUUUAUGGGUUAAAUGGGUCCAUACUCAUUACUUGAAGGAAAACAGUGUGAUGAAUUACGAAAUCAAAGCAUACAAUUCUUGGAUUGUACGCGGUAUUUUGAAACAGCAUAAUAACAUGGAAGUAAUUCAGAAUGAAUGGGAGCAAAUUAUAAAUGCACAAAAGUUUAAAGCUUCGGUUCUCUAUAAGGUGUUGAUUGAUGAUGGCACAAGGGUGCUUUGGGGAAAAUUGAUAAAGUUCAACAAGGCCCGACCGCGUGCAGUUUUUUGCUUAUGGCAAGCUUGUCAUGGGAAGCUUGCAACCAAGGAUAGGCUGAAACGGUUUGGGAUGAUUAAGGACAACAGCUGCAAAUUAUGCCAUGCUGAGGAUGAAACGCUGAAUCACCUUUUUUUCUCCUAUCAAGAGACAAAACACAUAUGGAAGGAAGUGCUUAAGUGGUUUAACAUUUCUCAUGAUCCUCGACCAUGGGAUGUAGAACUGGUUUAG